GGGGGGCAAAUACUGUUUCACAGCACUGUACUUAAAAAGAUAGCAAUUGCUCCCCGUGUUGUGUUCAGAACCACAACGUUUCAGGUCUCCACGUGACAGGAAAGAACCCCUGCAUAGUUUUCCAGAAAUUGGACCUGGGUGCUAAUGAAUAAAACAUCCCCCCCAAGGGCGACUGGCAGACCUCUUCCUUGCAGACAGAUCAGCUGUAUAGGCGGUGACACCAUGCAGUCACAGUCAAGAUCCGCACUGAGAUGGUACGCAUGCAAGCCAGGGACGGGCAGCAUGUUAAACACCAGGCAGCACCGUGAGCUGCAUGACUCACAUCAACAAUCUCCCGCGCUCUUUGGGAAGCCCUGGUUCUGGCAGCGCAGCAGCAGCACCAUGGAAGGAACCCGCAGCCUGGCCCGGGUCAUCAUGGAGAUGCGGGAAGAAAUCAGGAAACUGGAAGACCAGAAGCGAGUGCUGCCGAAGGACAGGGACCGGGAAGUGGACCAAGAGGACGAGCAGACACGGGCUAUGUUUUUAGAUGAAGAGCAGGAAAACCCAUAUCUCAGGAGAAACGUAUCCGCUCCCAUUCUAAAAGGACAAUUUAAGGAAUAUAAAGACAAGGUUGACAUGACAGUGCGAAGGUACUCCACGAACUCCAGUGCACCUGGGGUGACACGGAAUGAGCGUGUAGUGGACCCUUGGAUGAGCCACUUUGGAUGGGCGCGUGUACAGGAGGAGAUCCUGGGAGGGAAUGGCAACCAUGAUCGCUCUGUCACCAGUGACGUGGCCUCAGCAAGCGACAGGACGUCCCUUCAGGAAUAUGUGCACAAGACCAGAGACAAAGUGAAAACAGUCACAUUCCUUCUACCUGUGGACGACAUCUACACCAGCAAACCAGUCAUGUCCAGGCCUCAGGAGGCCACACCCACCAAGCUCCCCACCACAUCGUCACAUAGUUAAGUACACUCAUUUAAAAUCAUUUAAGUUAAUU